CUGACCAUCGCUAAAAAUGUACAAGAAAUAUAAGACGUUACGCGGAAGAUAAUCAUCAGUAAGCAGUUAGUAGUGCAAUCAGACAGUAUGUCAGUUAAAUUAUUUUUCGUAUUAUUAGUCGUGGUUUUCGAACUCAGCAAUGUCUUAACAGGACCAGCUGUAAAAAGUAAUUAUAUAGAACAAGAAAAUUCUUGUCGAGAAGUCUGUGGACUUUGUGACUGUGAUGGAUUCUAUUGUGAAGAUGAAUGCAUUUGCGAAUGUAGCAUUAAGGACGAAGAUAUAGAUUUACAAUGUAUUGCUGAUAUGAAGACUGAAUGUGAUAAGAACGGUUUGGAAUAUGAAUUGCUGAUGCAAGAAGCAACAAAAGAGAGAUUCUUAAGACAAAUCAGACCUAACAUGAUGCCAUUCGAGAAACUUAGUAAGAAUUUAGUCAUCAUUAAGAAAAAGCGUGAAGAUUCAACUGUAAAAGCUGCACCAGCUGAAGAACCUCAGGCAACAGAAGAUCCACAUCUUGCUGCACCACAUUUACCAGGACUUAACAAUCCAACAUUGCCAGAACUUCCACAUCUUGACUUAUCAAAUUUAAAUUUUGAUAAUUUCAACUUGGACAAUCUUAAUUUAAGAAAUUUUGACCUAGGAAAUCUCGAUUUGGGAAAUAUUGACUUUGGAAAUCUUAAUUUAGGUGCACCGAUUCAACCAUUUCAAUUCCCAGAGAAUUUUGAACCAGGAAGGUUAAUGAUGAAUUUUAGAGCUACAACCACUCCAAAACCAACAGAACCACCAGCACAUACGCUUCCAACAUUUCCUCCACUUGCACCAAUUUCAUUCCGUCCAAUCAAUUUUCCAAGAAUGCAUGACUUAAUUGUUCAGCCAUUACACACAGUAUAAUAUUCACAAUUAAAUGAAUUUUAGAAGAAUUUAAUACGAAAAUAUAAGUUUUAUAAACAUUAAAUGCUGUUAUUAUUAUUAUUUUAA